GGAGGUACUGAAGUCGCAGCAGGAGUCCAACUGAAUGGAAGGAAAUAGCUUUUAACCACCCUUUUGUUACUUACAGAAAGGAGUUUGAAUAAAGAAUUCCAUGAUGCCUCGAGCUCAUCUUUGUUCUCUGUCUCUUCUUAUACUUUAUUUGACAACUGGAUGUGGCCAAGAGAGCAGGUUUAGCGGACCCCUGAAACCCAUGACAUUUUCUAUUUUUGAAGGCCAAGAAUCAAGUCAGAUCAUAUUCCAGUUUAAGGUCAAUCCUCCUGCUGUGAAUUUUGAACUAACUGGGGAGACAGACAACAUAUUUAAGAUAGAGCCAAAUGGACUUCUAUAUCUCACUAAAGCCCUGGACAGAGAAACAAGAUCUAUUCACAAUCUCCAGGUUGCAACCGUGGAUGCUAAUGGAGCUAUAGUAGAAGGCCCCGUCCCCAUCACCAUAGAAGUGAAGGACAUCAAUGACAACAGACCCACGUUCCUCCAGUCCAAAUACGAAGGCUCAGUGAGGCAGAACUCUCGUCCAGGAAAGCCCUUCAUGUACGUCAAUGCUACAGACCUGGAUGAUCCAGCCACUCCCAAUGGCCAGCUUUUUUAUGAAAUUGUCAUCCAGAUGCCCAAGAUCAACAAUGUCAUGUACUUUCAGAUCAACGACAAAACCGGGGCAAUCUCACUUACCCGAGAAGGAGCUCUAGAAUUGGAUCCUAUUAAGAACCCUUCCUACAAUCUGGUGGUCUCAGUGAAGGACAUGGGAGGACAGAAUGAAAAUUCCUUCAGUGACACCACAUCAGUGAAUAUUAUGGUGACGGAGAAUAUUUGGAAAGCACCAGCACCUGUGGAGAUAGUAGAAAACUCAACGGCGCCUCACCCCAUCAAAGUCACUCAGGUGAGGUGGAAUGAUCUUGGUGCACAUUAUUCCCUAGUGGACAAAGAGAAGCUACCAAGAUUCCCAUUUUCGAUUGAUCAGGAAGGAGACAUUUACGUGACUCAACCCUUGGACCGGGAAGAAAAGGAUUCAUAUAAUUUUUAUGCAGUUGCAAGGGAUGAACAAGGACAACCACUUGCAAGGCCUCUGGAGAUUCAUGUAAAAGUUAAAGACAUUAAUGAUAAUCCACCUACAUGUCCAUCUGCAGUGACUGUAUUUGAGGUCCAGGAGAAAGAACCGCUGGGAAACAUUAUCGGGAAUUUUACUGCCUAUGACAACGAUGAAGAAAAUAAUGUCCAUAGUAUGUUAUUCUACAGAAUUGUGGAGCAAACUCCUCACAUUCCUGAGGAUGGACUCUUCUUGGUUGAAGCCCACACAGGAAAGUUCCAAUUAGCUAAAAGAUCCUUGAGAAAGCAAGAUACUUCUCAGUACAACUUAACAGUAGAGGUGCAUGACAAUGCAUUCCAGACCCUCUGUGCUGUGCAAAUCAACGUUAUUGAUAUCAAUGAUCAGAUCCCCAUCUUUGAAAAAUCAGAUUAUGGAAACCUGACCAUUCCCGAAGACACGAACGUUGGGUCCACCAUCUUAACCAUCCAGGCCACUGAUAACGAUGAGCCACUUACCGGGAGUGCUAAGAUCCUGUACCGCAUCAUAGAGGGAGACAGCAAAGGACGACUGGGGGUUGACACAGAUCCCCACACCAAUGCCGGAUAUGUCAUAGUCAAAAGGCCUCUUGAUUUUGAAACAGCAGCUGUUUCCAACAUUGUGUUCAAAGCAGAAAAUCCUGAGCCUCUAGUUUCUGGUGUAGCAUACAAUGCAAGCUCCUUUGCCAAGUUCAAGCUUAUCGUGACAGACGUGAAUGAAGCACCUGUAUUUUCCCAACAUGUAUUCCAAGGAAAAGUGAGUGAGGCUGUGACUAUAGGCACAAAAGUGGGCAACGUAACUGCCAAGGAUCCAGAAGGUCUGGACAUCAGGUAUUCACUGAGAGGCGACAGGAGAGGUUGGCUUAAAAUUGACCCUGUCACUGGUGAGAUCUUCAGCGCAGCUCCGCUGGACAGGGAAGCUGAGAGUGUGUAUCAGGUACAAGUGGUGGCCACUGAAGUAGGUGGGUCCUCCUUGAACGCCGUGUCGCAUUUCCACCUGACCCUCAUGGAUGUGAACGACAGCCCCCCGCGGCUAGUCAAGGAGUACACAGGCUUGUUCUUCUGCUACCCCCUCAGUGCACCUGGAAGCCUCAUUUUCGAGGCCACUGAUGAUGACUGGCAGUUUCCUCGGGGUCCCCAGUUUACAUUUUCCCUCGGCAGUGAAAGCUUACAAAAAGACUGGGAGGUGUCGAAAAUCAACGGUACUCACGCCAGUCUCUCCACCAAGCACACGAACUUUGAGGAGAGAGUUUAUGAAGUCCCUAUCCGCAUCAAUGACGGGGGUCGGCCAUCACCCUUGGAAGGCAUAGUCUCUUUACCAGUUACCGUCUGCAAGUGUGUGGAGGAAAGGUGUUUCCAGCCAGUAAGUCGUCAGCCUGGGAUGCCCACUGUGGGCAUGGCGGUCGGCAUACUGCUGACCACGUUUCUGGUCAUUGGUAUAAUUUUAGCAGCUGUGUUUAUCCGCAUCAAGAAGGAUAAAGGCAAAGAUAAUGUUCAAAGUACUCAGACAUCCGAAGUUGAACCUCUGAGAAGCUGAGUUUGAAAAGGAAUGUUUGAGUUUAUAUACCAACUGCUGUUUCAAUAACGAUCGUCUAAUCCUACGAUAUUACUUUUCAUCCAAGAUAUGCCUUAUAAUUUUUUACAGCUAUUUCCUCUUGCCCUUUAAUAUUU